AGAAAGUGCAUAAAUGCUGAGACGAAUCACAUCUUCAGAGGAUUUAAACGAAUUAGUUCAUCGAAAGGCAGCAAAGGUAUGGAGAUGAAUUGGGUUCACCACCUCCACACGGCCAAUGCACGAGGGACCUUUGGAAAUAAGAUUUUUGAAGUUGUUUGAUUUCCCUGAUUUCUGUCCAUCGAAAGAACUUCAGGAACUCCAACAAAGGAAGAAGAGAACUUGCUGCACAACGGAACAAUUUUUAAUUUUGAAGUUUUUAAUUUUUUUAAAGCUUUUCACUUUAAUAAAAUUAAAUUUAAAUAUACCCAGUAUUCCACAUUGCCAAUGUAUUUGA